UCUCUCUCUCUCUCUCUCCCCUCCCCCCUCCCCUGCUAGGCCUCUCCUUUCUCCCCGUCCCGACCAAUGGACCACCCAUCGCCCUCGGGACCAAUCGACGCGGCCGAUGGACACUCAUCGGGCUUUGUGUCUGAGCCAUCGGGCGACACCUCGGCCGCCGAUGGGCCCGGUGGGGAAACUGUGACCGGGACCCGUGCUGAUGCGGAGGCCAGGACCGGGAGCCCUGCCGAUGCGGAGAGUGCACUCGGAGGGGGUGCAUCUACUGAUGCCAUGGUUGUGGAUGGUGCCGGCUCACAAAGCACGACCGUCCCGACACCCGGUGAUGUGGGAGACUCGACCACCCCCCCUCCGGACCCGGCCGCCCUCUAUGGCGCUCUCCCCAGCGUGAGCUCCUCAUGAAAAUCUACCACCGGUUGCUGGAUCUUUCACUGCUUUACCAUCAAGCGUCGGUCAUCUUGGACACCUUCGACCGGGCAGCCAGCCCGCCGGUUCUGUUGGCCUGUUUGAACAACAUGUUCGAUUGCAUGGCCGACAUCGAUGCCAUGACACCCUUUGUCACAUCGGAGAUUCCACUGGGUGUUCUCCGGAACAUCGAUCGGAACCGCAAUCCCGAUUUGGCCGCUGAGCAACUCCUCAACGAGGUGCUCGUCGCCAGCCAGCACGCCUCAGACAAAAUCUCCCUCCUUGGCGACUUCGAAAGCCUCCUCCGUGCCUCCCUCUCGGACACCAUCGAUGCCGCCGCCCAAGAUGGCGACAUUUUCGCCUCGUUGGCAGCGACGACAGCCUCCACCGGCGAGCCGGCCCCGUCGGAACCCAAGGCGCCGACGAUAGAUGCUACCUCGGAAUAGUGGCCAUCCUCCCUUGUGUAUGACUACAUGUAUGCACAUGUGUGUGUGUGUGUAUCUGGGUGUAUGUGUGUGCACGCGCGCGCGCGCGCGC